AUGAUUCUCGGCAAGUUCACCGCGAACGUCCAGCGGCUGCGCGGGCUUCUUCGGAUCGUCUUCGCACUAACCCCGCGCUUUACGGCAACGAAGCGCUUUAUCGAGGCGGCCCGGAUUCUGUGCGAUGGGCUCUUCCUCCUGUGGGAUAACCUCGCGCUGCUGGGGGGGGCCCGACUGCUGGGCCACGGGAUCAGCCCCGCCGCGAGCAUGCGCCGCGCGAAGCGAUGGCAGCUCGCCGGCUACCUUCUCGCCGCGCUGGUCGAUCUUUUCGAUCUUCGGGAUGGGCUCGAGCGGCUGCGCUACGACCCCCCUGCCGCCCAACGCGCCAUAACAAACGCCUCGUUGCGUUUUCUGCAGGACGCCACCGACGUCACGGCAAAUUGCAUCGCGCUGGGCGGCCUUGGCGGGAUCGCCCGGCCGACCGAUCGGGUGGUCGGCAUCCUCACCUGCCUGGCGGCCGCCCUCGGGGCCAUCACGUACUGGCGAGAGAUGAAGGAGUAA